AAUCGGAGUGGUACAUAUCCAAAAUAAAAAAAGUGGUAAUAUGAUUGACUAAAUGAGUUUAUGCAUUGAGUUAUGUUUAUGAAAUUGAAGCAGCGAUCUCUAUGGUGGUGUUGGCUACAAGAACCCAUCUCUCUCCUCAUUUCUCAUUUCUCAUUUUUCAUCAAAUCAAAUGCUUUUAGAUCCAUCAAAUAUUAACCACCUCCAAUAUUCUUCUACAUAAAUCAUCAUAUGACAUCCAUGGUCUUAACCAUUUUUCAUUUCCUAAUAGUUCUAUUGUUUAUUAUCUUGAUCUCUACUAAUCAUGUCACGUGCAACACCAUCACCAUCACCACCACUCAACGCUUCAAACAAGCACCUAAAUUCUACAAUUCCCCAAACUGCGCCACCCUUCAAUUUUCACAACCCACCGACACGUGCUCCGACGAUGCUGUCCACGUGGCAAUGACACUAGACAUUAAAUACCUCCGUGGCUCCAUGGCCGCCAUUCUCUCCGUUCUUCAACACUCUUCAUGUCCAGAAAACACUAUCUUCCAUUUCGUCACCGCUGCUUCAAAAUCAUAUUCCUCCACUGUCACACUCAACAACACACUCUCAAACUCAUUCCCCUAUUUGAAAUUCCAAAUCUACCCUUUCAACGACGAUGCCGUUUCAGGUUUCAUUUCAACUUCCAUUCGCUCCGCACUUGAUUGUCCUCUCAACUACGCGCGAAAUUACAUGGCUAACCUUCUUCCCACGUGCGUAAAUAAAAUCGUUUACCUUGAUUCCGAUCUUAUACUCGUCGACGACAUAGCCAAACUCGCCGCCACGAAUCUUCGUAACGACGCCGUUCUCGCUGCGCCGGAAUAUUGCAACGCUAAUUUCAGCAACUAUUUCACACCAACGUUUUGGUCCAAUCCUUCGCUUUCUCUCACGUUCGCGAGUCGUAAACCUUGUUACUUCAACACCGGAGUUAUGGUUAUUCAUUUAGAGCGGUGGCGUGCCGGAAACUAC